UGCUCUUAUCUCUAUCAUCUCCCUCUCUCACCAGCCGGAAAAACAUUUCGGCGAGAAAUCUCCGUCGACUCUCCGGCAAAAGUUUCUCUCAAUUUCUUUUUUUUUUGCGUUUUUCUCUCAUUUGUUUGCUUAUAAUUUGGAUUUUUCUCGAAGUUCCACCAGAGAAAUCCACUUCCCCCUUUUAAAUUCUCGCCGGAAAAUCCAAACACCGUUAAUAUUUCCGGCUAAAAACUUCAUCUCCAACUCCCCGGCGGUAAAGGGUUUUUUCCUUUUUUUUGUUCGCUGUUUUUCUCUCAUUUUUUUGUAUAUAAUUUGGAUUUUUAUUGAAGUUCCAGCAGAAAAAUCCACUUUCCCCAUUUUAAAUUCUCGCCGGAAAAUCCAAACCCCGUUAACAUUUCCACCGAAAAACUUCAUCUCCAACUCUCAAGCGAUAAAGGUUUUUUUUUUCCUUUUUUGUUCUUUUUAGAUUCUCUGAAGUUUGUUCUGGGGAUUUGUGAAAUUGUGAAUACCGAUGGCUGAUUCAGACAACGAAUCAGGAGGUCACAACAACGCAAACAGCGAAGGAUCAACAAGGGAACAAGACAGAUUCCUUCCAAUAGCAAACGUGAGCAGAAUAAUGAAGAAAGCUUUGCCGGCGAACGCUAAGAUUUCGAAGGAUGCAAAGGAAACAGUUCAAGAGUGUGUGUCGGAAUUCAUCAGUUUCAUCACCGGUGAAGCAUCGGAUAAGUGUCAGAGAGAGAAAAGAAAGACGAUUAACGGCGAUGAUUUGCUUUGGGCUAUGACGACUUUAGGAUUCGAAGAAUAUGUUGAGCCAUUGAAGAUUUACUUAGCGAAGUAUAGGGAAAUGGAAGGGGAAAAAACUACUAUGGGGAGAACAGGGGAGAAAGAUGGUAGUGGGGGUGGUGGAGAUACGGCGGGAGGUGGUGGUGGUGGUGGUGGGUAUGACGGUGGGGGUGGUGGAGGUAUGUAUGGUGGUAUGGGGGGUUCGAUGAUGUAUCAUCCUCAAGGUGGUCAUCAAAUGUAUGGUAGUCAUGGUUAUCAACAUAUGGGUAUGGGCGGCGGCGGCGGCUCUAGGGGUGGUGGUUCCGGUCAAGGACGGAGAUAGAAUAUAUAACCUUCAAAUUCUGACUCUAUCUCAAUCAUGGUGCUCCCAAUGAUGAGGUUCGAGUCAAGAACAAAGAUAAAACUUAUAAACUUCAAAUUCUUUGACUCAGACUCGAACAAUGAAAGUAGUAAAACAUUGAAAAAAUUAAGCAAAUUAAUCAUAUGAUGCAUCACAGUGUUGAUAGAUAUUUUCUAUUACCUUUCUUAGGUCCUUUUUUUAAUUUUAUAUUUUUGAAAGCACAUUGACAUGUGAAGUGUUUAAAUAAUGCUUUUAGCUUUUUUUUCUUUUGGAAGUUUGGGAGUAUUAGUAGUGGAUUACAUGUGUAGUACUUUUGUGGAAAAAAGAGAUAUUGUUGAUGAUAUAUAACCUUCAAUGAAAGGCACUUGAAAUGUGUAUUUAAUGGGAUAACGAAUGAAAUGGUAUUUUAUGUUUUUGUUUUAA